GACGGGCACAGAAACAGGGAGAGAGAGUGAGGGGUGUACGUUGUUUAUGACAGAACAAUCUGACAGAUAACGCAUCACUCAUAAUGGUCCAAAGUCCAGACCUUCCCCAGCCAAUGAAACACCCUGGCAUACAUGACCGAGGCAUUACAGAUCUCCCAGCUGUGGAAGAGGUGGCCCACAUCUGAGAAGGCUGCGUGCAGGACUGUUUAGGCCAGAAGACAGAGAUGGACAUCCUGGAAACAAGUGCUUACGACCGCAGACAGCGCAGGAACACGACCUGCGUACUGUUUCUUUAUCUCCUCCCUUUUUUUGCAUCCUGUGCGAUAUACUUCUACCUGUGGAUCCCAGACUGCCCCUCUCUUCUGGCUGCUGGCAUUAAGGCCGCUCCCAUCCUUUCUCUGGUCCUUCUUGUGCUCAGCUAUAAUGGGGGGCGGAGUCUAAUGGGCGUGGCUGGAGGGUUGCUGCUGUCAGCGGGCGGAGACUGUUGCCUUAUUUGGCCAGAACUUUUUAUCCAUGGAAUGGGCUGUUUUGCUCUGGCCCACUUGCUUUACUCCAUUUCCUUCCUGUCCUCUCGAUAUUCUACGACAUCUUCUUCUUUCUCCUUCUUUGUCCUGUACCUCAUCCUGUGGUUAUUCGGCAUUGGGAUGUAUGCUUACCUGGUGCCCUUCCUUCGGCUCGAUGCAGAAGCUGACCUUCUCGUCCCAGCCAUAGGGGGCUACAUGCUGCUCAUUGUCCUUAUGGCCACGCUGGCUGCUCGUACACGCCGACCGCUCCUCCUGCUGGGAAGCCUGGUCUUCAUGGCUUCUGACCUCACCAUUGCACUGACAAAGUUCAAUGUCUUUGAUGUAGAAUAUAAAAGGCACAUUAUUAUGACAACGUAUUACCUGGCCCAGCUGAUGAUCACUCUGGGUGACGUGAAGGCGGUGCUGCAGGAGGAAGCAGACGAUAUUCACAAGUGGAAGAGAUCAUAAGACCGCAGUUGAUGGCUGAUGUUAUAAUCACUUUGUAAAAUGGGGCCAUGACUUUGGAUAAACCUGUGUUUGUUUCACAGCAAACACACAACUGCUGUGUGGAUUUGGCUUACUGUAUAUCCCUAAAUAUGAGAAAUAUUACACAGUUCGACCGAUCCACUAAGACUUUCGUCUAGCUUCACUACAGCAGAUGAACUCGGCCUAAUAGAGUCUGAGCUGGACUGAACUGAUUUGAAACAACUGUAUAGUUUUGCCCAUCUUGGUGAAUUCGGAGCCCCCUAACAGUUAAGUGAAUGGACUUCACUGCCGUGGUUGCUGCUGUGAAGUAAUCAUCCCUUUUCACAAAACUUCAUACCCAUUCUUUAGGGCAAGUGUGAGAAAGAAACAUUUAUUUUGCCUUAUUAUAAUUAGUUUGAAACCGGUAUUUUUAAGGUUACAAUUUUAAAUACAGUUGCUCAAAGUAUUUAAAUCCUAAUGUAUUUAAAUCUAAAUGUAUCUAAAUGUAGCCUUUUUUUGUCCAACGAAGAUAUUUAUGCUCAGACACUAGUUUCUAGUGGAGACGAUUCGAACUUGGGCAGAAAUAAAGCGGAAAAAGUCACAUUGUUA